UCUUUCAUUUUCAUUUUCAUUGUCAUUCCUAAACCUCUGCAUUCAAAUACAGAUCCUUUCACAUAAUUACUUAGUAUUUCACAAAAUGGAAGAAGAAUACCAAGAAUCCGAGAUUAUGUUUUCCGACACCCAUCUAUCAAACUCUUACCUCCAAGUUAGCUGGAGCACUAAUCAGCUGCGAAAGAAGCCCAAACAACGUCGUCGAAACAGAGGAGGGAAAUCCCCGCCGUUGGAUAUACCGGCUACCAGCCGGUAUAAUGAAAUGACGGGCUAUGGUAUUAAUUAUUAUGAUGACGACGACGAUGAAGAUGAAGAUGAUGAAAACUUAAGGUUGCCGCCACAUUUGAUCGUAGCGCGUAGAAUAAACAAUAACGACAAUAACGUGAGCAGGAAAAUGGCGUGUUCAAUUUGUAUACAAGAUGAGAAAGGGAGAAUUCUCAAGGGUAGAAAUUUGUGUCAAGUUAGGAACUCAAUUCUACGCCUUACCGGUUUCUAUGAAACGUGACCGUUUUUAUCAUCUCUUCACUUACUACGUAAUUCAUUGGAAUACCAUUCCUUAUUAAUUUUUAUUAGACACGCAAACUAAUUUAUUAGUUAAAUUAGGGUCUUAGGAUUAUCAAAUUCAUAAAACAUACGACAAUUACAUUGAAUAUAUUUUAUUGUUGUAUAAGCGAGAUGUUUCAGGAUUGAUCGGAAAGCAUUUGUAAUUUAUUUAUUGUUUUGUACAACUAUUGUUUAUAAAUGAAUAAAUGUCUAUAUACUGCUUCAAAUUUAA